ACGUCUGCUUGGUGACUGUCCCUCCAGAUGCUCAAGUACCUGCAGCCCUGGCCUAAGCCUUUACUGAGCUGUAGUUGGAAUAGACUGUGCCUGCUGAAACAGCAUCUAUUUACAAUGAAGUUACAGUCUCCAGAAUUCCAGUCACUCUUCACAGAAGGGUUGAGGAAUCUGACAGAGUUAUUUGUCAAAGAAAAUCAUGAGUUAAGAAUAGCAGGAGGAGCAGUGAGGGAUUUAUUGAAUGGAGUAAAACCUCAAGAUGUGGACUUUGCAACUACGGCCACCCCCGCUCAAAUGAAGGAGAUGUUUCAGUCUGCCGGGAUUCGUAUGAUCAACAACAAAGGAGAAAAACAUGGAACAAUCACUGCCAGGCUUCAUGAAGAAAAUUUUGAAAUUACCACGCUACGGAUUGAUGUCCUUACAGAUGGAAGGCAUGCUGAGGUAGAAUUCACAACUGACUGGCAGAAAGAUGCUGAGCGCAGAGACCUCACUAUCAACUCCAUGUUCUUAGGCUUUGAUGGCACCUUAUAUGACUACUUUAAUGGGUAUGAAGAUUUAAAAAAUAAGAAAGUGCAAUUUGUUGGACAUGCUAAACAGAGAAUACAAGAAGAUUAUCUUAGAAUUUUAAGAUAUUUCAGGUUUUAUGGGAGAAUUGUUGAAAAACCUGGUGACCACGAUCCUGAAACUUUAGAAGCAAUUGCAGAAAAUGCAAAAGGCUUGGCUGGAAUAUCAGGAGAGAGAAUUUGGGUGGAGUUGAAGAAAAUUCUUGUGGGUAACCAUGUAAAUCAUUUGGUUCAUCUUAUCUAUGAUCUUGAUGUGGCUCCUUACAUAGGUUUACCUACUAAUGCAAGUUUAGAAGAAUUUAACAAAGUCAGUAAGAAUGUUGAAGGAUUUUCACCAAAACCUAUGACUCUUUUGGCCUCAUUAAUCAAAGUACAGGAUGAUAUCAUGAAAUUGGAUUUGAGGUUGAAGAUUUCAAAAGAAGAGAAGAAUCUUGGUUUAUUUCUAAUUAAAAAUAGGAAGGAUUUAAUUAAAGCAACGGAUAGUUCAGAACCACUGAAACCCUAUCAGGACUUUAUUAUAGAUUCUAGGGAACCUGACGCGACUACUCGUGUGUGUGAACUACUCAAGUACCAAGGAGAGCACUGUCUCCUGAAGGUCAUGCAGCAGUGGACCGUUCCUCCAUUUCCUGUGAGUGGCCAUGACAUCAGAAAAGCAGGCAUUUCUUCAGGAAAAGAAAUUGGAGCUCUGUUACAACAGUUGCGAGAACAGUGGAAAAAAAGUGGAUACCAAAUGGAAAAAGAAGAACUUCUGAGUUACAUAAAGAAGACAUAAACGGAUGGGCUGGCUACUAAAA